AACCAACACCAGUCUUUAAAGUUUCUACUUUCUGUUAUCGUUGCCGUUGCGCGUUUCUACCCAAAUCCUCUUGCACCGCAGAUCUUAUCCAAGCCUUCGUAUAAGUCAUGUCGCGAUUCAUCCUUGCCUUAACUCUGCUAGCUUACACAGCGAGCGCUUUUGCACCCGUCACGACAUCGACUACGAAGGAAUCCCGGAUCCAAUGUGAGAUGUUGAACCGCCGCCAGGCGCUCGGUCUGGCGUUUGCCGGUCUCGUGGGGGGCUGCCUUCCUGAAGAAGCCAACGCUCUCGCCAACCCAGCGCUGGAAACGUUCAAGGCUCGCAAAAAUACCAAAGGUGCCUUUGUUCCGGGUAAGGGCUUGCGUCAUCACGAAUCCUUCGACAACAUGGUGGCGGUAAAUCCUGCAUUGGAAACAUUCAAGGCCCGUAAAAACACGAAAGGUACCUUUAUUCCGAGCAAGGGUCUUCGAGAGCACGAAUCCUUCGACAACAUGGUGGCCGUAAAUCCUGCAUUGGAAACAUUCAAGGCCCGUAAAAACACGAAAGGUACCUUUAUUCCGGGCAAGGGUCUUCGAGAGCACGAAUCCUUUGACAGUUUGAUGGCCGUCAAUCCCGCCUUGGAGACGUUCAAGGCCCGUAAAAACACGAAAGGUACCUUUAUUCCGGGCAAGGGUCUUCGAGAGCACGAAUCCUUUGACAGUUUGAUGGCCGUCAAUCCCGCCUUGGAGACGUUCAAGGCCCGUAAAAACACGAAAGGUACCUUCAUUCCAGGCAAGGGCCUUCGAGAGCACGAAUCCUUUGACAGUUUGAUGGCCGUCAAUCCCGCCUUGGAGACGUUCAAGGCCCGUAAAAACACGAAAGGUACCUUUAUUCCGGGCAAAGGUUUGCGUCUGAAGGAAUCGUUGGAAAAUUUGAUGGGCUAAGUAUGGCCGGAGUCUUUGCCCCGGAAGCUGCACUGUUGCGAAACACAUUCACUGUAAGAACAGUCCGAUCUGCGCCUUUGCGACAAUUAAUCUCGUGGCAGCUCUCUUUCACAGUCAACGCACUGCUUUAGGAUCUACCUACUACUUUGUACUUUUUUAAUCUCCUCUAAAGAGUCUAUAGAGAAGCAACACCGAUUCGCGCUCCGC